AUGCGUCCAGCAUCUCCACUAUCUUGUAAGGCCACCAACUUUGAGAACCUUCAGCCUUCAUCGCAAAGGAACAUGCAUUCCUGGACGGGUAGCAAUCACCGCCGGCCCCAAGGACACACCCUUCAUCUGCCAUCGCUACCUCGUUUCCAUCCGGCCAACUUCCCCUCAGCACACAACAGCACGCAGUCCACCCCGGACGGUGCAUCAUCGACAUCUUCACCACAGCCCCCAAUGUCUCCAAGGUCCCAUCAGCGAAUGUACAACGACGUGCAGAAGCAGCUCUACUUCAAUCAAAGAGAGAACCUCUCCGCUCGCGUUACCUCCUCUGAUCAAGUUGCCAAGCCUAUCAGUCCUCGUCUUCAUCCUCUUGGGAGCCCCGGACCAGUGACACCGCUCGAGCUAGGAGGGGAUGAAGGCUACCUCGUAGGAGGUGCCCGUAGCGUGGCAAAUAGCACCACAACGUCGGAGGAACUCGUGGAAACCUUGAUCCGGCAAGAAGCCAGAAGGCAUCGAACUUUGAGUCCGAAGAGAGGCACAUGA